AUGGCCUCCGCUCUCUCCUUCAAGAUCUACAAAAAUGCCUUGCUUUUGGCCGCCUUCCUCGGUGCCGCACACGCACAGCAGGUGGGCACAAGCAAACCUGAAGUUCAUCCGUCCUUGAAUUGGCAAAAGUGCACUGCUGGAGGAAGCUGCACAAACCAAAACGGCAAGGUUGUCGUCGAUGCCAACUGGCGCUGGGUUCACAACACUUCGGGCUACACCAACUGCUACACUGGCAAUGAAUGGGAUACAUCUAUCUGCCCAGAUGAUGUUACUUGUGCCAAGAACUGUGCCCUAGAAGGUGCCGACUAUCCAGGCACUUAUGGUGUUACCGCCAGCGGCAGCUCUUUGCGUCUGAACUUCGUCACCCAGGCUUCUCAGAAGAACAUUGGCUCGCGUCUCUACCUGAUGGCGGAUGAUAACAAGUACGAAAUGUUCCAACUGCUCAAUCAGGAGUUCACCUUCGAUGUCGAUGUCUCGAAUCUCCCCUGUGGCCUGAAUGGCGCACUCUACUUUGUGUCUAUGGACGAAGAUGGUGGCAUGGCACGGUACCCUGCCAACAAAGCCGGUGCUAAGUACGGUACCGGUUACUGUGAUGCGCAAUGCCCGCGUGACCUCAAGUUCAUCAACGGUGAGGCCAACGUUGAGGGGUGGGAGCCGUCUGCCAACGAUGCCAACGCUGGUACUGGUAAUUACGGCUCUUGCUGUGCUGAGAUGGAUAUUUGGGAGGCCAACUCAAUUUCCACUGCGUUCACACCCCACCCCUGCGAUGACCCAGCUCAGACUAGGUGCACUGGAGACUCCUGUGGCGGCACAUACAGUAGUGACCGCUAUGGUGGUACUUGUGACCCUGAUGGAUGUGAUUUCAACGCUUAUCGCAUGGGUGAUCAGUCUUUCUACGGCCCGGACAAGACCGUUGAUACCACCUCCCCCUUCACUGUGGUCACUCAGUUUAUCACCGAUGACGGUACCUCCUCCGGCACUCUCUCGGAGAUCAAGCGCUUCUACGUGCAGAAUGGCAAGGUUAUCGCCAACUCUAUGUCGACCAUCAGCGCUGCCACUGGCAACUCUAUCACCGAGUCCUUCUGCUCUGCCCAGAAGACCGCAUUCAAGGACACUGACGUAUUCGCUAAACAUGGCGGCAUGGCCGGCAUGGGGGCCGGUCUUGCAGAUGGUAUGGUUCUGGUAAUGAGUCUCUGGGACGAUCACCACUCCAACAUGCUGUGGCUCGACAGCACCUUCCCGGUCGACGCCUCUUCGACUACUCCAGGUGCUGCUCGUGGCAGUUGCGACAUUUCCUCUGGCAGCCCUGAAGAUGUUGAAGCCAACCACCCGAACGCCUACGUUGUCUACUCCAACAUCAAGGUCGGUCCCCUCGGUUCGACUUUCGACUCGAAAGACCCAGGCUCCAGCACUACCAGCAAGGCUACAAGCAUAACCUCCACUGCCACUACCAAGACAACUAGCAAAACUACCACCACGACUGGAGCAAGCACCACCGGCGCUCCUCACUAUGGCCAAUGUGGUGGAGUUAACUGGAGCGGUCCAACCACCUGUGCCAGCCCAUACACCUGCCAGAAGCAGAGUGAAUACUACUCACAGUGUCUGUAG